AUGGCCAAUGCUGGGAUGAAACUCGAGGAAAUACCGGACAGUGACCGAAAAUUGAUUGAGGAGCUGCGUAAGCGGAUUGCCCCGGAAUUGGAGUUAAUGCCAGCGUAUAAUGAUGAUUUCUCACUGUUACGCUGGAUUGUAGGAUGGGAUCGGAAGCUUGACGCCGUUGUCCCGAAGAUCCGCUUCUCGCUAAAGGCCAUCCACGCGCUCGGUCUCGACAAGGUCGAUUUCUCGGAUCUGGACCGUGUCAACGAGUACUGCGAUUCACUCUCCAAGCCGUUGCAAUAUUUGCCAGGCUCCGUGGUGGGAUGGGACCGUCACGACAACGUGCUGGUGAUCCAGAUGAUCGGACGCUGUGAUGCGGGUGGGCUGAUGCCGUGCGUGCGCAACGCCGACUUGUAUAGGAUGCGAAUCGCCGAAAGCGAGGGUGUCAUGGAUGUCAUUAGACGGAAAGAAAAAGAGCUCGGAAAACAGAUCGGGACGUGCGUGAUCUUCGACCUGGAUGGCAUCAACAUGGGCCAGUUCGACACGUCCGCCCUGAAGGUGAUCACUACGAUGCUCUCGCAGCUACAGGAGAUGUUCCCCGACGUCAUUCGGCAUAUUUUUAUUGUUAAUGCUCCGGCGUUUGUUCAGGUCCUCUGGAAUCUCGUUUCCCCCUGCUUGGCCGCCCAAACGAAACAAAAGAUUGAGUUUUUGGGGAAGGACGACUGGAAGGAAAAGUUGAGGGAGGCGAUUGGCCCCGAGAAUCUUUUCAAGCAUUGGGGUGGCGAGAAAGAGCACGAGAGCGAGUACGGUUCUGUUAGGACGGGAGGCCCAGUUCCGGAAGAAUUGAAAUACAACCCCGCAAAUGACCUCCCCGCUGAUCAGCUUACAAAAUUGACCGUAUCCGCCCGAUCGUCAUCUUUCGUGCCAGUUACGGUGUAUGGUGACAACCCAAAGCGCAAAAUUCGGUGGUGGUGGCGAGUGGAGAGCAACGAUGUCAUUUUCUCGAUCAACCUCUCCACUUCGAAGGAUGGAGAUGUGGUGGCAGAGCAUGACAGCGAUACGAUGAUCUGGCCGAAAUUCAAGCUACAAACUGAAUACGUUCCAGAGUCCGGCGAGGUUUCCGCACCAGCCGCCGGCGUGUACAAACUGAUCUUCGACAACACAUACGGGUGGCUGCGUGGGAAAACGAUCCGGUACAACAUUCAGGUGAUUGAAGGCGACGAAGAAGCUUCCAAA